GUGCCGCCACAACAUCCGGUCCACUCGCUGUGGGGAUGACAACAAACCUUUCCCUUUGUGGUGGUAUAAAAGAUUGGACGCACCAGCCAGUGUAUCAUUCAGACACCUAACAUAUACAUAGUUACCUCAAGGCCGUUCCUACACACUCCUUUAUCAAUCGUUAUGGCCGUCAACGCUCUCGCUCCCAUCAUGUACCAGCUGCAGGAAAGUCUCCGUAGUGUUGACCUCGCACAUUGGGUCAGCCAGCUGGACUUUAAGACGGUGGGUUUCCUGGCGGUGGUGGUGGUGGGUGUGGUCUUCCUGGUGAACCUGUUUACCAAGUCCUACGCUCCCUAUGGCAGGAGUCUCUUGUCCUCUGCUGCCCACGCCUGGGACAGCAGGGAUCAUCUGGGACUCACAGGUGUCCUCAGUGGAAGCCGGUCGCUGGAACCUUUGUCUAAUGUCCUGGACGCCCUGGCUGACGCGGUGAUGAAGUGGGAAGAGCCUGAAGUCAGCACUAUCAGGAAUCGUGUUCCUUUAAGGUUUAGCUAAAGUCUUCGCCACCUUAAUGAUGGCGAUGAAGGAAAAAGAGGAAUUGGAGGACGACAGUGUCAGUCGCCGUGAACCAUGAAGCUGGGUUAUUCAGAGUACAAACACCAGAGAACACAGCCUACAGCAGGGGGGGCUCUGAGGCAUAAGCCGUUAAGUCGUGAAUCACGGCAUCACUCCAACCUUUAGUUAAUAACGCUCACAUUGUUAAGUUAUUGUUAAUAAUUUAUUGAAUAAAAUAUUAAUUUUA